GAGCAGUCUGUGACAUGGCCUCCGUUUCGCUAAUUCCGGAUGGGGCGGUAAGUACUUAUUUGAUUUUGUGAUAUUCAUAUUGAAGAAACUUGUGAUGUGGAUUGAGCACCAUCGUCAACCCGUCUGUGAUACGAAAAUCAGCAUGGCGAAUUAUCCUAUAAACAAUCGUAUCAAACAGAUCUUCGUUUCCCUUGGGCGUGGUUCGUGUGUGGACGAGCAGGCGUUGAUUCAAAAUGCACCUCUAUGAUGCGAAAAAUUACUAGCACACGUGACUUCUGCAUCGGUAUUUUUGUGAAGAAGCAGAAGUAGAUCUGUUCUGUAACAACUGUCGUACGAGGAUCUGUCAUGAAAACGUGACCUCCAAAGCGCAAGCAAUGCAAAGUUGUAGCUGUGACGGAAGACGCAGCAUCUUCGUUGAACUUCUGUUCUUCCCUCCAAAAUGUCGAAUUUCUCAUGCAAUAAAACCUGCAAGCUUCCCAACGCUUCUAUUGCUGCUCAUGCAUUACAAUUGACGUCUAGGCGGGGGAGUUCUUCGCUGCGCUCUUUCAUAGAUGGAGAUGCCCUAUGAACUGCAAAAGUAUCGUACUCGUAUAAAUGCAUUACAAAUUUUCCCAGCAUGAGAAAGAAAAUUUGUAAUGCUGAUUUGCCUUGACAAAGAAAUUUGUAAUGCAAGACCUGCAUUUAUACGAGUACGAUACUUUUGCACAGCAUAUGCCCUUCCUGAAGGACGCCCCGAACCGCCUGGCUCCGCUGCACGUGGAUGACAAGAGAAAGAAGAUGACGAAAGACGCAGCAUCUUCGUUGAACUUCUGUUCGUCCAUGAAAGUGGUGCACAACGAACUCGCUUUCUCCUCCAGUUUGUCAUGCAAAGAAACACAUCCAAGUCCGACCUUUUUCUCGUGGUGCUGCGUCUGCGGGUUUUUCUGUGUUUCAAGGUCAGAGCACAAACUCGGAUAG